CUGAAACUAAGACAAAUGUUAAAUUCAUGGUAUAACUACUGCCUUGUAAACCGGUUAAACAAACGCUGUUCAAUAACUGUAAUCAUAAAGAUUUUGUCACACAAUUUUAUUACUAACAAAUGGCUGGCAGAGUCAAGGUCUCAAUAAUUUUAUCUAAAAUUUUAGACAUUAUUUUAAUUAAAAAAAAAUUCAUGCCUAAUUGAAGAUUUAUGCAAAUAAUUCGACAUUUGCCUUUAUUAAUCCCUACACGAAGGCGGAUGUUUUGCGACUCCUGUUGGUUAGACAGUAAGUCGCAGCCUUGCCUCCGCUCAUACAAGGCUCUUUUUUGUUGUCUACCGCGACAAAACCUACAUUAAUCAUUUAAAAAAAAAAAAAAAACAGAAGACUGGACUCAAAAACCUCUCACUGCAGGGAUGUCGAAAUUAAAGCUGAUAUCUGUAACUGACACUCAGUUUUCUCUGUCAUUGCUGGAGUCCAUCAGUGAGCAACGGAACAAUGGAUUAUUCUGUGAUGUGACCAUCAUUGUUCAGGACCGUAAGUUCAAGGCACACAAGACAAUGUUAUCGGCAUCCAGCACUUACUUUCGUCAGCUGUUUUCCGUCGCAGGACAAGUAAUCGAGCUUAAUUUUAUCAAGGCAGACAUAUUUGAAAUUAUUCUGAAUUACAUAUACAGCUCUAAACUCUACAGAAUUCGAUCUGACAAGCUUGAAGAUCUUAUCAAUGCUGGCCAGAUCUUAGGUGUCAAGUUCAUUGCCAAUCUUGCAACACCUCUUUCACAAGUCAAGGGUUUACCUGGUUUAUCGAAAGAAGGCGAGAACAGUAAUGUUGGGGCCACAGAGGAAAAUGGAGCUGGAACAGAUAACAUGCCAAUCAUCACUGAAUCGUUCUCGUUGUCUGCUGAGGAAUUCAAAAUGACUGGCAGCGGUGUUGAAAAGGAUGACUCGGACAGCGAUGAUGUUCUUUUUGUCUCACAAAUGGAAGCCCCGAAAGCUCAGAAAACAAAGCCCUCUCAGGUUAUGGAUGCGAGUGCUGAAGGUGGACCAGAGGCUAAAAAACAAAAGGUCACAAAUGAGGAAGGUGCGAACACUGACCAAGCUGAGAAAUGUAAGCGCCCUCCUGAAGGUGUGGUGGAAGGCAAAUUUCAAAAUAGCCCUCAACCUCAGCGAGACACAACACCUCUUGCUAGCCCCAUCAUGUCUCCAGACCCCAGCAGCAGUGUUUCUGCCUCUCCUGCCAGAUCUUCCUCACACAGUGCACCUUCCACCCCAGCACGCAUGAACAGUUUCACCCCCACAGAGUCCCAUAAUUCUUCUGUUCCUCUUGAAGCCAGUGAAGUUCUUGGAGUCCAGAAGAAGAAGGUACUGCUGGAGCAUUCGCCUGACCAGCCAGGCAAAAUUAAACUGUCGGAUGUGAGGCCAUCCUUCAGCACAAAUAACGGACCUGCCAUGGAUGUUGUUCCCAAAGUGUCCACCAAAAAGACGAUAACAUUAGACAAAGCCUCGGAAAUCGAUUCCCUUUCACCAGGAUGUAAGGUUUAUGCUAACAUAGGAGAGAACACUUAUGACAUUGUCCCUGUGAAAGAGGAUGCAGGAGAAGGAGACUCUCGAGCAGGCCCUGGAAGAAAAUCACAUACAUCUGUGCAAGGUGCAAGUAAUGUGUCCAGCAGCACACCUCGAGGCAAAAAGAAAGCGAAAGUGGAGCAGGAGGACCACUAUGAGCUAAUUAUGGAUGGCAAGACUUUUUAUGUAUGCAUUGUGUGCAAGCGUCCCUACGUGUGCCUGACAAGUCUCCGGCGUCAUUUUAACACACACUCCUGGGAGAGAAAGUACCCCUGUCGUUACUGCGACAAGGUCUUUGCCCUGGCAGAAUAUAGAACCAAACAUGAGAUUACUCACACGGGUGAAAGGAGGUACCAGUGCUUGCUGUGUAAUGAAAUGUUCCUGAACUACCAGCUGUUGUCUUCUCACUGUAAACAAGCUCACAAUCAAGAUCCCUCAGGCAGAAAGGAGAAGGAUGACACUGACAACAACCUGUACCGCCUCCUUCCCUGUAAAACUCUACAGUUCAAACCAUACUCCUUCGUCUCAGAGGAAACGGGUGGAAUUCCAGUCAUCAACGAGAAUGGCAUUGUCCAGCACAUUACCCCCGGCAAAUCUCACUUUACAAACCAGGGUGUUCCCUCUGGCCAAAGCAAAAUGUUGAACUGGGAUGACAUCUUUGUUGAGCCGGAUGCACACACUCGUCCAGGCGCUCAUGCCCGCCCAGGGCCACCACCUCGACCUGGAAACCAAAUGAAUGUUGAGAACACGACAGAGUUUGAAUUUGUCAUACCAGAGACAUACUGAGAAAUUUUCACAGUGCUGCGUUUGGUGCCUUUUAUGUUCGGGUCUUGAUGAAUUCUGUUAGUGAAUUCAGUUGCCUGAACAAGCUGAGAGUUUCAUUACAGGGGGCCCGAGCAAAGAGAAAAGUAUGAGUUGGAGAUUCAAGGUGCUUUUUUGGGGUUUUUGUGUCAGAAUCAUGUAUUCCUUCGGAUUGUUCCACAGCUCUUAUUUACAUGUGAAUGAUGCUUUUUAAGAACACUUCUUACACAAAGAAAUAACAGCUCUUCUAUAAUCUUACUUUUGUUUAAGGGUACAAUAAGUAGUUUUUCUUCAAAAUGUAAUGAAACGUUAAAAAAAGAACAUUACCUAACAGUAGUAUUUACUGAAUUUUACAUAGAGGCAAGACGUAGGCAGUAUGUAAGCUGUAAAAUGCCCUUACCUGUCUUACAUUAGCAGUGGACGGUAUUUCAUGACAAACCAUCUAAAUAACAAACCAGUCUGAGUCUGCAGAAUGUCAGUAAUGUGACUUAAAGUAAACUGACUUGUAAGAAAAUACAUAUUGUACCUUUAGGAUAUGAUUGUUGAAUUGCAUAGGACAAAUGGGUGAGUAGGGUUCGACAUAAUGAGUUGGACUUCCAAUCCACUCUUGUUUAAAUCAUGCUGUAGUUUGAUACAGUACUGUAAGUUGCAUUUUAUACAUUAAUCAUGAUAACUGUUCAAAACCUUUGUCGGUUCACAUUCUCACAGCUAUUGUUAGGUCCUGUAAGGUGAAUGUAUAGGUUGAAGGAUUUACUUAUGAGGAGGCUGAUGGCACACAAUUAUGGAUGUAAUAGUCGUGAAUAAAAUAAUCAUUGUGUAAUGAUGACAACACACAUGGAUGAAGGUAAAUAUGCAACAAAUUUAUUUACACUCUUGAAGAGCAUACAGUACUUUAGGGGAUGAAAAUGCUGUACACUCUUAAAAAAGGCGUUCCAUAUACAUAUACAACACAUUCUCCAUUAAUCUGAAAAACCAUUUCAUCAUGCUAAGAACCAUUUAAGCAUUAAAAUGGUUCCUUAUAGAAGUCAUGGUUCUAACUAGAACCACUUCCUUUACUAAAGAACCCUUGAAGAACCAUCUUUUUUUCAAGAGUGUAGACUACAACGUUUUCAGUUUUGUUUCACAUUACAUGAUAAUCUCAACAACGUACUGCAAUGCACAAACGUAUGCCAUCCUUGAGAACGUCAGCUUCAAUAUGAUUCCCUUGGUUUGCACAGGGAUUGAACAUAAAGAUUCACCUUUGACCAGGAUGAAAUCCUGACUUUAUUGCCCUGAUUUUGUAAUUUUAUUAAAUCAAUUUCUUUUUCUGACAGAUUAGAGUAAAAUCAGUUUACAUCACAGGGUGGGGAUUGAAACAUGAAGAGACACAUUUUUUAUUUAUGUUUUUUUUUUGUGUGAGGAAGGAUGGAAUAAAUCUGUGAAUGUCUUUAGUAAUAUGUCGAUGAUUUAGGAGGUUGUUUUAGAAUUGUAAAAUUGUACAAUUUUAUUUAUAUGCUGGCCAUAUAUCCUGCGGUCAUUUCCACCAAAAGCGUAAUUCUGAAUUGUCAAAGAUAAAUGGCGUGCCUCUACUAAACAGUAAAGUGUCCAAGCCAAGCACGUUGUAAGGGUAACGUAAAGGAUCUCGGGCUUUUAUUAACAUGUGUUUUUGUACAUUUCUUACAUAUGUAUAUUCCAUUGUAGUCUUGUCAGUGAUGAACUGUUUUGGACAGUAGGAUGUGACUCAGUGUUGCCUCAGUCAGAAAGUGAGUGCUCUAACAAUUGUUAAUCAUGAGCAUAUUUUGUACUACUAAAGACCUUUGUUUUAACAAUUUCUGUUUUGUUUGGAAUCAUAUUUAUUAGGUCUUAGUGCUGUACAAAGUGAAAUAAAACUCUAUAGAGUACCUACUAAUUCUUUUUAUUUCCAUGGCUUGUGGUAGUUCAUGUGAUCAUGUGAACAGUUAAUAGUUUCUUUUCUCCAGUGUCCUUUUUCCGUGGUGGUGUCUAGCAUUGAAUUUCAUAGUAUUCAGUAUGGCUUUGAGUGAAGUAAGUCUAACAAUAAGGCGAGUCUGAUUGGAGAAGAACAUGAACGUAUAUAAGGUGGAGGCCCCUUUUUCAGCUCAGUUUUAUGGCAUAAACCACCAAAUCUGGCCAUGUAGUGUGGUAAGACUGGUCAUAUAACAUUUUAUACAUUAAGUAUAUUUUGAACAGACACACCUUAUUUGUAACCCUUGCUUAUUCUGUUCUUACAGUUGUAUGUUUUGCUUCAAAUAAAGCACAUAAAACACAA